AUGGGAGCAGAAUCACCAGAUCAAUUUGGUCUAAACUUGGAUAGAGUGAAUGCUCAACCACAAGAGUCAUCCACUCCAAUUACAAACAGUGCAACUGCAUGGAAGGAUCCAAUGUUCAAGAAGGAGAGAUUGUGCAUCAUCUUGUUCUUGAUCUUCCAGACUUGCGUUGGUGUUGUCGCUGGCACAUUGAUUAUCGACGUUGUAAUCUUCCCCUUCUUCACAUUCGCUCUUACAUUUGUCUUUGUGGCUCCAGGUCUCUAUGCAUUCCUUUCAAACAAAACAGUAAUUCUUACAAUUCAUUAUGUAAUGUCAUUGAUUUGGUUCACAAGCUUUGCAGGUGUUAUUGGAUUUAUCUCUUUCUUCUUGUGCCUCUUCUCAAUUCCAAUUGGAAUCACAAGCAUCGUUAUUGGAGUUGUUCUCAUUGUUGCAACCACAUUCUUGUUGGUACAUUACACUCGUUUCUUGAAGUAUGUCAGAAAGGAGAUGAAGUAUGCUGCCAUCAACUACACACCAAUCGUUGAGAUCCAACAAGCAAACACCAGCAACGAGUCGGCCAACAACAACAACAAUGUUUCAAUUAACAACAACAAUCCACCACCAGUUACCUAUGUCCUACCAAACAACAACAACACUAACAACAACAACAACAACAACAGCAACAAUGUUGUAUCAAACAUUCCACCACCUCCACCUGGAAUGCAGUAUGUACUUGUACCUCAGUUCCAACAACAAGAGGGAAUGCAACAAGCCAACAAUGCACAAUACUACACUGUACCAUAUUUCUACUCGUAUCCCCCAGCACCAUCUGCACCAACCAACAACCUACCAGUCGAUAAGCAAUAG